AUGGUUCUGUGGAUCAAGACUCAAAAAUAUGUACCAUUACCAGCAAGGGGUUACCCAGAGGCUGAUGUUUGUCUCAGCUGUGCCGUGGGAUGUGCUUCAUGUGAGGGGGAAGCCAAUUUUUGUCUGAGCUGUGAGGAAGACUAUGUGCGUUUCAAACACACCUGUGUGCAUCAGUGCCCUUCCAAGCACUUUAUAAAAGAUGGAGUAUGUGAGAUCUGUCCAAACGGUUGCGCUGAAUGUGACCAAAUGGGCAAAUGCAGUGCAUGUGAAGAGUACUACUUCCUGCAUGAGGAUCAGUGUCUGGGUGACUGUCCCAAGCGGUACUUCACAAACGUAGAGCAGAAGCUGUGUACGCCGUGUCACAGUGACUGUGCAGAAUGUGACGGACCUGAUGAAGAUGACUGCACCUCCUGUGGGCAUUAUGGAGAUGUUCGUCACAACGGAAAGUGUCUGUUCCAAUGCCCGCCAGAAACGUACCUGGAUGGAGCAGAGUGUCGAGAGUGUGAUAAGUCCUGCCUGACGUGCUCGGGUCCUCAUCCGUCCUCCUGCCUCACCUGUAGAGCCAGCAUGAGGAAGGAUGUGAACGGCCACUGCCAGUUCUUCAGUGACUGCUCUCUGCACACGUUCACCGAUAAGGACAGCCAGUGCAAGCCCUGUCACAAGAGCUGUCUCCGCUGCUCGGGCGCAGGCAAAGAGCAAUGCCUCAGCUGCAACCCCAAACACUUCCUGCUCAUUCAGACGUGUGUGUCCACGUGUCCGGAUGGUUACUAUGUGGACGAGGCCAAGCAGGAGUGUGUUCAGUGCCACGCAAAUUGUGCGUCAUGCCAUGGACAUCACAGUAAUGACUGUACAACCUGUAAACCAGGCCUGCUUCUGCUCGGACACAGCUGCUUCACCACCUGUCCACCAAGUUACUUUGUGAACGCCACCAGCAGAGCAUGUCAAGGGUGUGACCACACAUGUGAGGAAUGCUCAGGAAGCAGCCGUUUCUGUCUCAAAUGUAGAAAUGGAUACUUCCUGUUGAGAAAGUCCGGACAGUGUCUGCGUACAUGCCCAUCAGACUACUUCCUUCACACCUUCGACGGAGAUUGCCAAAGAUGCCACCCAACCUGUAAAACAUGCAUGGAAUAACUCAUGUGCGACAUGUGACCCGUCCUGUGAUGAAUGUAAAGGCCCGGGACCCUACAGCUGCACCUCGUGCCCUGUUCUACAGCGCCUCACAGAGGAUGGGAGGUGUCUUCCCUGCUGUGGAGAAAACACACGCAGAGAUUCCUCAAGAUUCCCCUCGGAAUGCUGCCAGUGCCACGCACUGAAUGAUGAAUGCAUUGUCGCGCUGAGCUACAACCUCUUCAGCAACGAUCUAGUGACUUCGGUUCAUCCUGGCCUUUUUGUUUUCACAGCCAUAUUUGUGCUGGUGAGCUUGUGGCUCGCCAUUUUUCUCUUCCUGCAUUUUCGGCAGAAGAUCACCUCAAAGCCCAUCGUCAAAUUGAACGGCUACACCAAAAUCACAGAUGCCCCCUUCACCUCUGCGACCCUGAGUGACAGCAUGCAGAUGGAUUAUUGCGAUAAAGAAGUGGGCCAAGAGGAGGAGGAGGAUGAGGACAUUGUUUACAUGGGGAGGGACGGGAUAGUGUAUCGAAAGUUUAAAUACAGCCUGUUGGAGGGGGAUGAGGAAGGGGAGGAGGUGGAGGUGGAGGUGGAGCUGGAAUAUGAUGAUACGUAUACUCUCACAUAAAACAUAAAAAGCCUGUUUAUUUUCUUUGAUAUGGGCAUAUAAUUACGUUAUUAACAUUUUGACAUGCAGAAACCCACUAAUCUUCACCAAUCAACAAUUAAAGAAAUGGUUCAUCCAAAUAUCAUGAUUUUGUCAUCAUUUACUAACCAUGAUGUUGUUCUAAACCCUAAUGGCAUU